AAAUUAAAUUUAUAUAAAAUUUAUAUUCAAAUAGUAAUCUAUUUGACAUUGUCAGUAGAUGGCAGUGGAGAUCUGUAACAUUGAUCGCGACGCGCUGGUAAUCACCACAGAAGAGCGCGCGCGCAGUAUGGCAGGGUCACACUCAAACUGGAGGCCACCACGUUCAUGUGACGUCUACUGGUGUGAAUUCAAGCACUGCAAGAGUUUAUUUAACAGAUUCCAUGAAUACUACACCUACGGCAGAGCACCGGACUGCCAGCAGUGGAAAGAAGACUAUAACACCUGCAAAGAGUGGGAGAAAAACCACAGCACACACGCCAAGGAAUCCCUCCAGGAGAGCGAGAGGAAGCGAGUCGCUGAGCAGAGGAAGUUCACUCCGGUCUGGGAGCUUCGACAGACGCCUCCGGCUGAUUGGCACCUGCCGCUCAACCAGGGCAAACCACAGGACUCGUAAAGGACUAUUUACGACGCAAGAAAGUACUUGAGUUGCAUGAACUUCUGCUGGGAAUCUCCUCACACUACCUCUCCUGGACUGAUGCAUUUCUGUUCUGUUGUAGAUCUGGUGCUCCGUGCAAAGCAGCUUAAAAAUCAACGUCUUGAGCGAAUGUUGAAAUAUAAGCAUUCGAUGACCCUAGUGAAAAAUGAAUAUACUAAAAUGUAUUUGAGAUACAUUUAUUUCAUGCCAAGUAUACUACAAAUGCAUUAACAUAAACUGGUAUACUUAAAGUCUGCUAAAUUAGAACUAAUGUUGUGCUUAAUGCACUUUAAUUAUGUGGAAGUAGUGCUGAAGUCCAACUAAAGAUAUAUGAAGUGGAACUAUUGCAAGUAUGCUUCAGGUACACUUUAAAUAUCUUGCAUUUAAAGAUCGAUAUUAUAAAAGACCACCGUGCAAUCAUCAAUAGUGACAUUAAAACACAUUUAAGGUUUAAUAUUAAGAAAUGUACAUUGUGCACAAGUAGUACUCCACAUAAAGUUGAAUUAUAAUUUUUAAAGUCUCUAUGUCAGUAAAUAUGUUAAUAGAUUUGAACUAUACUUGGUGUGAAAUAAAUGUAUUUUAAAUAAUUACUUUUUUACUAGGGGAGAAAGUCAGUAUAGCACGAAGUUUAUUUUCCAUUUAAAAUAUCGCAAAGCCACAUCUGCUGUUAAUCAAAAGGUAUUUUAAUGCUGUACACGUGUUAAUGAAUGAAAACAUGCAAUGAUAUAAAUGUUUUUUGUGGAUGUUUUUACAAGAGUUUGGCCUUCAUUGGAGACUUUAUUUAUUGUGCUACAGAAACCAGAAAUGAUAGUAAAUGUGAAUUUAUUUGUAAUUAUAUGAAUUCCUCCCACUGUAUCACUGGCCUGAAGCUAGAAACCAUAAUAAAGGUAUGGUAACACUUUACACAUGUACUUAAUAUUAUAAUAACAAUUAAUUAUGCAUAAUUACAUGCAAGUGACCCUAAUCCUAACCAUGUAGUUAAUUAAUAUU